AUGAAUACCCUUGUGCUUUCGUCAUUACUAUUGUUGAUUUCCUCAGUCUCUGUUCAUAUGAAACCAUCAUUCAAUCUGCCAAGACUCGGUGUAGCAAUACGAGAAGAAACCCUGCGCUAUCCCCGAGUUGUACCAUCAGCAUCUUCUUCGAGCGAUUUAAAAACUUUUUUCUACAACCAAACACUUGAUCACUUCAAUUACAAUCCAGACUGCUAUACAACUUUUCCACAAAAGUAUAUGAUGAGUACCGAGUAUUGGGGCGGUGCAGCGGCCAAUGCUCCCAUCUUUGUUUAUUUUGGGGCUGAAGCACCGCUGGAUGAAGAUAAAUAUUUUGUUGGGUUUCUCUCAGAUAAUGCUAGACAUUUUCAGGCUCUUAUUGUUUAUAUAGAGCAUCGAUUUUAUGGGGAAUCCAAGCACCUUAAAUCGAUUGAAGAGGUCUUGAAAAAUGCUACUAUUCGAGGUUAUUUCAACUCAGCUCAAGCUAUAGCAGAUUAUGCAGAAGUGCUCACAUAUCUUAAAGAAACAUUAAAUGCAAAAAAUUCUCCAACAAUUGUCAUUGGAGGAUCUUAUGGUGGAAUGCUUGCAUCGUGGUUUCGACUCAAAUAUCCCCACAUUGCCAUCGGAGCUCUAGCCUCAUCAGCACCAAUCCUGUACUUCGACGACAUCACACCACAGAACGGAUAUAGUUCAAUUAUAACCAAGGAUUUUAAAGAAGCUAGUGAGAGUUGCUACGAGACUAUACGUGCAUCAUGGACUCAAAUCCAACAAAUAGGCUCUACACCUGAUGGUCUUUCAUUCCUCACCAGCAAAUUUAGAACAUGCUCCCCUUUAAACAACGCUUCAGAGCUGAUAAACUACUUGGUUCGUGUAUAUCGAGUGGCAGCGCAAUAUGAUGAUCCGCCAUACUACCCAGUGAGUAGCAUAUGUUCAGAUAUUAAUGGAGGAUCCCGACAAACUGAUAUUCUCAGUAGGAUAGUUGCUGGAUUAGUUGCUUAUAUUGGGAACAGAUCAUGCUAUCACACGACUACUCUGCCAACAGAAACAAACUUGGGUUGGCAAUGGCAGACUUGUAGCGAAAUGGUGAUGCCCAUAGACAUUGCUACUGAAAAGGAUAGUAUGCUCUAUCCACCAACCCCAUUUAAUCUCAGUAGCUUCAUUGAGGACUGUAAGAGCGUUUAUGGGGUCUCUCCCCGCCCUCAUUGGGUGACAACUAAUUAUGGAGGUCAUAAUAUACAGUUGGUCCUCCGAAAGUUUGCAAGUAACAUCAUUUUCUCCAAUGGGCUAAGAGACCCUUAUAGCAGUGGCGGGGUGUUGCAGAAUAUAUCAGAUAGUGUUGUUGCCAUCUCCACACUUAAUGGAUCUCAUUGCUUGGAUAUACUCAUAGCAGACCAAAGAACCGAUCCAGAAUGGUUGGUCAUGCAACGAAAAGCCGAGGUUAAGAUCAUCGAAGGAUGGAUCUCACAAUACUACUCAGACCUCUCUAUUUCCAAUGUCUGGAGUGCAUAUGUUUGUGCGUGGCUUGCAGGCAAUGGGGGUUACCGUGGGUACUACCGGAGCAAGGGGUGGCCAGAUGUGUUACGGCUCUGUGAGAUGCUAGUCGUGGGUUGGCUGCGGAGAUGGACAGCGUGGGGGACGUUGACGGUGAGCGAUGGCGGUUUGUCGCGUGUGCGGAGGCUGCUGUGCGUGCGUAAGGGUUACAGGGCCAUAAGGGCUGGUUCGAGGGGUGUUGCUGGAGUCGCAGGUUCGUCGGAGAUGUCGUGA